ACUUACCCACACACCCCAAAAUAAAGAAGUAACAAACAGAAACCUCUGUCCUUUUGCUACGGCCACUAGUAGGGAAGCUUACCCUUUGCAGUGUAUAUCUGUUUGGCUUCUACUGGGGGCCUUUGGAGAUCUGUGAGGCCCCCACUCGAUAAGGUGCGUGCAUUAGAUGUUUGGUUUCAUUUGGUAAGAGGAAAUUUAGCAGAGUUGAGCAAUGGUACGGGGACAGUUUUGAAAGCCAUUGAGAAAGCAUCAGAGUUGCAGAUCGUGUGUCAGGCGGCGAGGAAUCCAUGCUGCAUCCGUACAGAAUGGAGGGGUACAUCAUCCCACCUAAAGAAGAGAGUAGAGAGAGAGUAACCUGGACUGGCUGGAUGUCACAGACACCGUCUGUUCAAAAAGAUUACUGGGCAGUUUUAACUAAAGAUCAGCAAACAGAGGAAAUGUUUGAAUCAGACAUGUAUCGGCCACCAAUGGAGUAUCAAUACAUCAUUGAUGACGGACAAAAUGAUCACACAUGGGAGUACAAUUCACAUCAUGUCCAUCCAGUGGAUUUUGAAAACCUGCCAGAGAGCCAUUUCACAGAGUUACAGAGCGUGCAGCCACUACAUGUAUCGAAUGCGCAUCGCUUCACAGAUGUCGAGCCUGGCCAUUUCAUUGACCCAGGCCUGACUGGGCAUCACCUCACCUUGCCUCCUCCACAGAUGACAUAUUUGCCCCGGCCAUUGGUGUGUUACCCUCACAGUGUACAGCCCUCUCCUCUCCAGCGCAGCUCGGAUGAUGAUGACCCUGGCAAUCGCAGUCCUCCUUUAGAGGUGUCUGAUGAGGAGAGCAUGAGAGAUCUCAUUACUUCAACAACAGGGGGAGAACACGGUAACAAGAAGAAAAUUCGCUUGUAUCAGUUCCUGCUGGACCUUCUGCGAAAUGGUGACAUGAAGGACAGCAUCUGGUGGGUGGACAGAGAAAAAGGAACAUUCCAGUUCUCUUCCAAGCACAAAGAAGCUUUAGCUCACCGUUGGGGCAUACAGAAGGGAAACCGCAAGAAGAUGACCUACCAAAAGAUGGCGAGGGCACUGAGAAACUACGGCAAGACAGGAGAGGUCAAAAAAAUCAAGAAAAAACUUACCUACCAGUUCAGUGGAGAGGUCCUUGGAAAGAGCCACACAGAAAGGAAGCUUUACAUGUAAACAUAUGGCUAAGGCAAGACAGAGGGAGAAAAAGACUUGGAGAAAACAAGAGAGAACCAUUCUCCUCUAUGAAAAGAGCAAUUGACUCAUUUGGACAUAAACUAUUAGAACACUGACUCUAUUGUUUGAAACUCAAUUAUUUUGUUUUCCAUUCUUUUUAAUUAUAGUAUUAACUUUUGCAUUAAUGAAGUAAAUGUUAAAUUCCUUUAAGCCUUUCAAUAACUUUUGUUCUCCAAUAUUUGCCACAGGAUAUGUUUUCUGUAUAUACUCAUGGGGGAAGGACGAAUUAAAAAAAAAGCUAAAGCAUAUCUGAAAAAUAUGAUAUAUGACCAAAGUGCGUAGAUUAUAAAAAUGAGACUAAACCAAAUUCUCUAGUAGGGAUUCUUGCGAACUUCACCACCAUGCACCAUGACGGAAAAAAAUUUCACAAAAAUACAAAAAGCAGAAGUGAAAACCAAUGACACAGGCUCACGCAGCACGGAAAACUCUGUCACGUCUGGGCAGUAAACACACAGCUGGAAGAUUGCCAUUUCUGUACUGUGUUUCUCUCAAAAUCACAAGAAAAAAAAAUCUUCAUAGAAACUAGAUAAAUAAACAUUAAUUCUCAGUAUAGGGUGAUCAGUGUGUUUGCUAUAAACCAUUUUUUCACAAGCUGUAUCAAAUUUCAGGGUAAUUUUUCAGCACUCUAAUGACUUGCAAUUCUUUAAAUACAACCUUGUGGUAUACAACAAAUAUCAAGAAUCAAAUCCUAACAACUGUGGGAACAUUUUUAAACUUAUAACCAAUGAAAAUGCACUUAGGUUGCCUUGAUAAGAAACUGUCUACUCAGAACAUAAAUGUAACUUAGCUCAUGGGUCAAAACCAUUAGUGAAGAUACAACCACUUUCAACCGUGUAAAUCACUGUUUACGAAAGAACCUCCAAUAAAUGCAAAGUAGCAUCUCAGCGCCCUCUGUCAGUUAACACAAUUUAAAGACAUUUUCUACUAUAAAUUAUUUUAAUAAAAUAUUUUUAAAGAAUCAUUGAUUAAACAUAAAAAAUUCAUUCACACAAAACUAUAAAGAAAACCAAUAAAUAAGAGUUACUGUAAAAAAGAAUGCACAAUUAUCUCUGACAACACAUAUGCAUCUCUUCCCCCUUAGUGUUUAUCAUGCAUGUACACUUUACACAAAUCUAUGCUGAUUUAUUGUUCUUUAACAAUUAUUUUCAAGGAACACUCCAUGUAUAUGUGGAUCAGUGAGUCUGAGAGCUACUUUACAUAAACGCACCAACAGAGUCCCUGUUUUCUUGAUCUUCAUGGGAGAGUAGAAGCAUUUCUUUAAGAAUAAAAAUAUGUCCAGUCA